AUGGCAACUAUUACUCGUCAACCUUUCGCUCCCCUCGAUGGGACGCGUCUGCAGAAUUUGACCAGCUUGAAGAACAGACAGAAUGCCCUUCCUCCCUCUUCAGGAGCUAAACGGAAGGCGGCCGACCCGGUUGACACGGAUGACUCGGAAAAUGUUGACCCCAGCGUGUUUAAGCGAUCCAAGGGUAACAACACUCCGCUGUCCAAGGAUGUUCUCAAGCCGUCGUCCUAUCUCCUGACGAAGACAUCCACACCGCUCAAACACAUCGUCGGAAGCCUUUCCACACCCAACAAACCCUCCGUUGCCUUUUCGUUGACCUCGCCGCGUCGUCGGCGGGCUGUGCCCCAGCCCAGGUCGCCCGCCGCGAAACUCACCACAUCCAUCACCAAGUCCUCCUCCCCGCCCCUCUCCGCCCCGGCCGGUCGCUCCCCCACCCGCGGCAAGCGUAGCGGCAUCCUCUCGAACCACCGCCGUCACAUCGGUCCCUACUCUCGCGUCGACCCGCCCCUCUUCAGCAGCGCAGCCUCCUCCUCUUUCCCCUCCUCCUCCUCCUCGGCGGCGGCGCCAUUUAGCCUCGACGCCGCCCUCAAAGGCACCAUCCCCAGCUAUGCCGCUCGCCAGUCCAUAGCCACCCCGACUUCCUCUUCCGCUGCCCGGGCCGCCGGCUCCAGCAAGCGGGGCUCCAGGCUGGACCACGACCUCCGCGCGCCGGAAAUGAAGGCGUCCUGGUUCUUCGACAUCCACGAGGACACUCCCGAGCAGGAGAUGACGAACCUUCUGCAGCACUCGACCUGCGUGCUCGACAUCAGCUCGGACGAGGAGAGCGAGGAGAAGGCGACGCGCGAACGGGCCGAGGGGCGCGAUAAGGAGAACAUCCCGCCAUCCGAUGACGUGAGUCAGACUACGUCUGGCCGGGCCGUCCCGUCGGCUCGUCACGCCCUCGAGGAGGACGACAUGGCGGUCGAGAAGCAGAGGAUGGCGCUGGGGGAGAUGGAUGCUUCUGCGUUUUACGCGGCGGGGUGUGACGAGAACUCGGCGAUCUUGGUGCCCGGCGACGAAGACGAAGACGAGGUCGAGACCGACGUUGAGGACCAGGCUCGGGUCGAUACGAAGGAGACGUGCAAGGAUGUAGUGGACGAGCUGAUGAGCGAGUCAAACGAGCCGGCUGCCAAGGCCGCUGUGUUGGAGCCCAUUGAGGGCACUGGCGAAGGUUUCGAGCUCUGGGAAGGCGGGAGCGCCGACGACGAUGGAGUUCAGGCCCAGCCGGCGACGGCCACUUCAUGA